AAAAUCUCCAACUUUAAACUUGGUGAUACUUUAAUAUUCCCUUCUCUUCCUUUUUUUUUCGCAUCGCGAAUUUACUAACCACCACAGCCAUCACCAACCGGUUCAUCACAACAACCGACAAAGAUGGCCAAGGAAGCACCCGCCCGUACUGGGCUUACCAUCGGUAUCAACCGCGGAUAUAAAACCACCCCCCGCGUCGUCAAGCCCCGUGUCUCGCGGACCAAGGGUCACCUUAGCAAGCGAACUGCUUUCGUCCGUGACAUCGUCAAGGAGGUUGCCGGUCUUGCCCCCUAUGAGCGCCGAGUAAUCGAAUUGCUACGAAACAGCAAGGACAAGCGAGCCCGUAAGCUAGCCAAGAAGCGGCUCGGUACCUUCGGCCGUGCCAAGAAGAAGGUCGACGAGCUCCAGCGUGUCAUCGCCGAGUCCCGCAGAGCCGGUCACUAAACGACAUGAUCUCGAGAGGAUAUGGCGGUUAAUGGGAGUCGAGGGUACGAUAAAAAAGCAAUCAUGGCAUGAGGUCUGGCGUCCGUCUUUCGGCAUUGAUGAUUUUACGGAGGAUUGGUUCGGACAGAGAUAGCUUCAUGCUACUGUAGCCUUGUGCUAAUCACUUUAUUGCAAUACCAACCGACACAAAUGGGAAUCCGGGCAAUUAAAUUUUACUUUUCUGAUGU